UGCCGCUACUGGUCUGAGGCUGCAGUGGGUUUCUGUGCAGCACUGCAGAAUCCACAUCUAGAGAACGGCGCGACACACACACGCACACACGGUGACUGCCCCUGGACAGGAGGGAACCUUGGAUCCUCAGCGAUAAGGCAGGGGCUUAACUGACCUGAAGCAUGAAUUCAGACGCCAGCCAAAAUGUGAUCACUACUCCUCCUCUUCCCAGCAUGCCUCACAAAGAGAGAUACUUUGACCGCAUCAAUGAAAGUGACCCAGAAUACCUUAGGGAGAGGAACAUGUCACCGGAUCUACGACAAGACUUCAAUAUGAUGGAGCAGAGGAAACGAGUUACUCAGAUCCUGCAAAGUCCUGCCUUUCGGGAAGACCUGGAAUGCCUUAUUCAAGAACAGAUGAAGAAAGGCCACAACCCAACUGGAUUACUGGCAUUACAACAGAUUGCAGAUUACAUCAUGGCCAACUCCUUCUCAGGCUUGACUUCAUCUUCCCUCAGUCUUGGCAUGGUUACACCUAUCAAUGAUCUUCCUGGCGCAGAUGCCUCCUCAUAUGUGAAGGGGGAAAAGCUGAGCCGUUGUAAGCUUGCCAGUCUCUACAGGCUGGCAGACUUGUUUGGAUGGGCACACUUGGCAAACACAUACAUCUCAGUAAGAAUAAGUAAAGAGCAAGAUCAUAUUAUAAUAAUCCCCAGAGGCCUGUCUUUUUCUGAAGCCACAGCCUCCAGCUUGGUUAAAGUCAAUAUAAUAGGAGAAGUGGUUGACCAGGGAAGUACUAAUUUGAAAAUUGACCAUACAGGAUUCAGUCCUCAUGCUGCCAUCUAUUCCACACGGCCUGAUGUGAAGUGCGUGAUACAUAUCCAUACCCUGGAAACAGCAGCUGUAUCAUCCAUGAAGUGCGGGAUCCUCCCGAUUUCUCAAGAGUCCUUAAUCCUGGGAGAUGUCUCCUAUUAUGACUACCAAGGGUCUCUUGAUGAUCAGGAGGAGAGAAUUCAACUGCAGAAAGUUCUGGGACCAAGCUGUAAGGUGCUUGUACUCCGAAAUCAUGGUGUGGUAGCACUGGGAGAAAGCGUGGAGGAGGCUUUUUAUUAUAUUUUCAUUGUGCAGCUAGCCUGUGAGAUUCAGGUCCGAGCAUUAGCGGGGGCAGGGGGAGUAGACAAUCUACUCUUACUGGAUCUGCAAAAGUAUAAAGCGUUCACUCACACCAUAGCAGCAUCUGGAGGAGGAGGGGUGAAUAUGAGUUCCCAUCAAAAGUGGAAAGUCGGCGAAAUCGAGUUUGAAGGGCUGAUGAGGACUUUGGACAAUUUGGGCUAUAGAACAGGCUACACCUAUAGGCAUCCUCUCAUUCGAGAAAAGCCAAGGCACAAGAGUGAUGUGGAAAUCCCAGCAACUGUCACCGCCUUUUCCUUUGAGGACGACGCAGUGCCACUCUCUCCUCUCAAGUACAUGGCCCAGAGACAACAGCGUGAAAAGACACGAUGGCUGAACUCACCAAAUACUUACAUGAAAGUGAAUGUGCCUGAGGAGUCUCGGAAUGGGGAAACCAGUCCCAGGACCAAAAUCACAUGGAUGAAAGCAGAGGACUCUUCUAAAGUGAGCAGUGGAACGCCUAUCAAAAUUGAAGAUCCAAAUCAGUUUGUUCCUUUAAACACAAACCCGAGUGAGGUACUGGAAAAGAGAAAUAAGAUUCGGGAACAAAACCGCUAUGACUUGAAAACAGCAGGUCCACAGUCUCAGUUGCUUGCUGGCAUUGUUGUGGAUAAGCCUCCUUCUACCAUGCUAUGUGAAGAUGACGAUCAUGCGCCACCAGCUCCUCCCAACCCUUUCAGUCAUCUCACAGAAGGAGAGCUGGAAGAAUACAAGAAGACAAUCGAACGUAAACACCAGGGCCUGGAAGAUGCUGAUGAGCAGGAAUUACUCUCAGAUGAUGCUUCAUCUGUUUCACAAAAUCACUCUCAAACUCAGUCACCGCAAAAUGCCCCUGAAAAAUUAGAAGAAAACCAUGAGCUGUUUUCCAAGAGUUUCAUCUCCAUGGAAGUGCCUGUCAUGGUGGUCAAUGGCCAGGAUGACCUGCAUGAUGCUGAAGAUGAGCUUGCCAAGCGAGUGAGCAGGUUGACCACAAGCACGGCCAUAGACAACAUCGAGAUUACCAUCAAGUCUCCAGAAAAAAUUGAAGACGUCCUGUCACCUGAAGGCUCACCUUCAAAAUCACCAUCCAAGAAAAAGAAGAAAUUCCGCACUCCCUCUUUCCUGAAAAAGAACAAAAAAAAGGAGAAGGUUGAAGCCUAAGUAAAGUCCUUUUUAUAAUAAUAAUAAUAAUUAUUAUUAUUAUGUGACAUUGCACAUUUAAGUACCACAUUUAAGUUGAUCAUUAAUAUACAGUGGUAGAUCAAAUGGGUGGGUAUAUAGCAAACUGGAUGCUAAGAACUGGAAAGCUGUUUUACUAAAAGAAAAACAUUAUGGAAUCACUUCCAAAUUCAUCUCUCAUGUUAUAGAUUCAAAAGUGUCAUUUAAUUUUUAACGAAUUACUGGUUUUAAUUAAUUAGCUCUGCUUGGUCUUAUGGUUCACCUCCAGCAGAUACAGGUCUGAAUUACUACAGGCCUUCUCCAUAACAGCGAUUCGAAGAAAUUACUAGUGAGCAAGCAAGAGAGUUGUAAUUUUCAACAGUUGCCUCACUGGGUCAUCGGAUGAUAACUUUUUUAUUACUAGUGUUGACUGUUUCUUGUGGGUCCCCAUUGUUUCAAUGGGUCUUCACAAUAUUUUAAGAGCUUCUAAGACAAGAAUCUAUAGCAUUAGUAUACACUGGCACAUACUAUUUUUUUAAAACUCAAGAAAAAAAUUCAUUUGGAAUUUUACUCAUUGUAUAAAAUUUCUCACCUGAAGUAACUUUGUUUGCCAAAAGAGAAAAACCAAAAAAAAGGCCAUUCUAGUAAACUAUAAUUUUUGAAAACUUCCUUUUUUAUUAGUUUAGAAACCCCUUAUUUUUUCAAAAAAAGGGGGAUUUUAUACACAUAAUAUGAGUUAUUUAGUUUAACUCUGGCAAAAAAAAAUUUUAUAUGUUGGGAUGUUUGUAUACCACCCAGUAUAAAACUGUCAUACGCAUAUUAGCCAAUCACUAAGUAGUAGAGCAUGUCCGCAGCACUGAGUAGACUUAAAUCUAAUUUCAGAAUCCAGAGACUUGUUCUCAAAAGGAGAUUCAAGUAUAUAAAAAGUAUAACUGGAUUCAUAUUUGAAUCUUGUAAUGUAUUUUUCUCUUAGUAUUGUUAAUGAAUGGGGGAUCUCAUAAGGUAGCCACAAGAAAGGGAAAAAUGAGAAAGUGACAAGUAUAAGGGAGCAAAAGAUGGGACAGGAAAAAGGUGUUCGAGUUUGAUAAGGACUCAUUCACAAUAAGGUUUGAAGCAUGAUUUAUUGGGAACAUGUCCUACAUAUCUAAAAGCCCGCUGCUUUGCCAAAAUAGAUGUAUUCCUUGAUUGAUAUUUGAGUUUUUCAAAGGUCAACUGCUUCCAACGUGUUUAUCUUUAGCGGGCAACACUAGAGAAAAAUCAGUGGGGUCUAUUUUCACCACUGAGCAAGCUACCACUUUUUGGAUUUUACAAACCUUUCUAUCUUUACAGUUAACUUUCUUUCUAAUGUAAAUACAGAUUUAAACCUAGGUGAAAUAUAGUUCCCCCCACCUCCACUCUUCCCAAGUGAUGUCACAAAUCAAUGUCAAAUCAGUAAUCCAAAAUGGCCAGUGGGUAAAACUUAAGUCAGAAUGCCUUCAGGAGGGCGAGUUGGCAUGCCAAACAUGGCAUUGAUUACAGUGUGUGCUGCAGUUGGUUCUGUUUGAUGUGUGCGUGUGAUGAUGCCAAGUUGAUCCAGAGCCUGGAAACGGCAUUGUAGUUCUCAAUAACUACUGGAAUCAGUGUUUUAAUCGCAUAGAGGAAACUUUCAGUUGCUUAACUCUGUGUUUGAGAAAUCUUUUUCCUUUUUUUAUGUUCUACAUCAGUUGUUGUAUUACAACAUAUGUAGAAACUGUAACCUGUGAACUAUGCUUCUUCCAUAACUUUUAAAAUAUAUAUAUAUAUCUAAAUGAAUGCAAUGUGCAUAAAUAUUUUUUAAACGCAACAGUGAACUAUUUGCACCUUUUGCUAAUGCCUCUAUUUACUUGCUUUGGCAUAAAGAAUGAGCCAAUGAACCUCUGUGUCCUGUGGAAAAAUGUAUAAAUGUUAUCAGAUAUUGCUCUUAGAUGUAAUGCUAAUUAAUGUUAAAUCACAAAUAAACAGUAUUUUAAAUAGA